GACGUACCGCGAUAGCCUCAUUCUGCUCGGCAUACCUCGGUUGAUUUCCUAGACCUACAUGUACCGCGUGAUUCGUCCGAGAGGUGCCGACUGCUUUUACACCGCACAGCGAUACCACUACCAGAAUAAUGGCUCAGAAAGGAUUGUCGGAUGAAGAAGUAGCAAAGGCUUGUCAACAACCAGAUGAAGCAACAAAGGACUUCUUUUUCCAACAAACCAUGAUUCGAGUGAAAGAUCCCAAAAAGUCCCUUGAAUUCUACACAAAAGUUAUGGGAAUGAGGUUAUUGAAGAAAUUUGAUUUUCCUGCCAUGUCCUUUUCAUUGUACUUUAUGGGUUAUGAUAAGGCUGAGAAUAUUCCCCAGAAUGAGACGGAAAGAAGUCGCUACUGUUUCCAGCAAAAGGCCACCUUGGAACUUACCCAUAACUGGGGAACAGAGAAUGAUCCUGAACAAUCCUAUCACAAUGGUAACAGUGAUCCUAGAGGCUUUGGUCACAUUGGCAUUGUGGUACCUGAUGUAGAUAAAGCCUGUGAACGCUUUGAGACACAUGGAGUGGAAUUUGUGAAGAAGCCAAAUGAUGGUAAGAUGAAAGGGCUAGCUUUUAUCAAGGACCCUGAUGGAUACUGGAUUGAGAUUUUAAAUCCCAACAACAUGGCUUCUGUUUAAUUGAAGCAAUAUUGACUAAUUAAUAUACAAGACUUUACAAUUUAGUCAUAGCAUCCCGAUUCUUCGUUCUUGGAUCCAAUUUAACCAGCUUCAUUUGUAUUUCAUUAUGUGAAAUAAUGAAACAUUUAAUUAUUAUGUUCCUUUACCAAAUAUGUAAUAAAAACAAUGUUUAGAAAGAAUUAAUGAUACUUUAACUUGAAAUUAUCAGAAGAUUAAUACAUGUGUAUUGAUGUUAGCAAAAAUUUAAGAAGCCUUUUCAAAAAUGUUAUAUUGCAGCGGGUUGUUGUUGUUGUUGCUUAUGUAGUAUCUUCAAGUUUGCAAUAAGGGUGGGUUUUUUUUAUUGAAGGGGCUUUUAAAUUAUGUACAGUACAUAUAGUGUGCAAACAGCUAAAUUUAUCAUUGAUAUUGAUUAAUUCAUGUCAUAUAUAAGGGCAGUAUAUGUUAGUAUGGGGUAUACAAUAUUGAUGCAAGUUCGAGCAGUAUUGUUGUGGUGAGUAAUUUUAGUUUAAUUUACUGGAAUAUGGAUGAGCACAUUGUUGAUCAUUUAGAUCGAACGUCUUCCACGCUUUGAUUGUCUAUUUUAUAAAAUUUCUUGUUAGUGUUAUUUUUUCUGAAAUGACAAUAAAGAGGCAUUUUUAUUCGUAA